AAAAAUAUUGACGUUUCGCAAUUGUUUAUUUUUAUUUUGUGUUCAUCAGCCAGAUACUGUUGUCUGUCUGUGAAAAGAAUAAUACAAAAAAAUUAUAAACAGUGAUUUUUGUCAUUUUAUUGGAUUCCUAUUUAUUACCGCAAUGUCAGGCACCCAAAUUACUAAUGCACGUGAAUUCAUUGAUUACGCACGGCAACUUUCUUCUAACGAAUGUUAUGCAAAAGCCUUUGAUAUGUACCUUAUGGCUUUUGAAAAAAAUCCAGAUUUGAAGAAUCUUUACGAGCGCGAAUUUCGUAGUGUAAUCAACAAGUUGAAUGAAAUGUUAGCUGCCGGAGAUAAAAUUGACGACAUAUUUUGUAAUUUUUCGCGAGCUAUAUAUUUAUUUCCUGGUAACAUGUACCUGUUGAAUGAAGUAGGGAAAUAUCUCUACAAGUUUGGUUACUAUUCCGAAGCGUGGUUCCAAUUUCAAAAAGCUCUUAAAGUCGAUGCCGGCUUUGUAAAUGCAGAAAAGAACUUAAAUUCCGUAAAAAACUUGCUGGUUGAACGAUGGCACUUUAAAAUGUUAAAUGAUAAGAUACGCAAUGAAUCUUAUCGUGCUGCUAUUCAUGAUCUUAUUUCCCGGGGCAAAGAUACUGUGCUGGAUGUUGGAUCUGGUACGGGCCUGCUCUCUCUGUAUGCAAGUGAAUGCAACCCCAAGUUUAUUACAGCUUGUGACAGUUCAGAAGUUAUGGCCAAUAUAUCAAAUGCAGUUUUAAAUGAUAAUUCUGUGAAAAAUGAGUUCAGUGUUGUAAACAGAAUUUCAACUUCAUUAAAUCAUUUCGAUAUUGGUGGGAGGCUUGAUGUACUUGUAACAGAAUUGUUUGACGCUGGUCUCUUUGGAGAACAUAUUUUAACAGCUCUGUCACAUGCAUGGCAAAAUUUGCUCCACCAAGAAGCAAAAGUUUUGCCUGCAUCUGCUGAAUUCUAUGUUAUGGGUGUUGAAUGCCAAAAUAUAAUUGAUAAAUACCAGCUAUGUCAAGCUGCAAAGGAUCUCUUGAAUAUACCAUCAUUAAAUGUCCAUGUUUUUCAAUUUGAUGAGACAUAUGAUUGUGAAGAUAUUAACUUAUUUAAAACCUUAAAAUAUAUGACUGAACCAAAAUGUUUAAUGACUGUUGAUUUCAAUGAUCCUAACAGCAUAGAGGAUAAAUUAAAGAAUACGGAGCCUUAUAUUACACAACUAGCUGUUAAUCAAAAUGGAGAGCUAAGCACUAUUAUUGGAUGGUUUAAUUUAAAUUUAUCAGAGAAGUACCAACUCACAACAGACCCAAGAUCUGAUACUAGGGCCACUGCAUGGGAUCAGGCUAUAUUUUUUGACCACAUUCCAAAAAAGGUAAAUGACGAUCAAAGGUUAGUUUAUAAAUUUACCUUACAAUCUGGCAAAAUUGCACUUGUACAAGACUGUAAUCUUAAAAUAAUCAGAGUUACACUAGAAAUCCUGCGCUUUUUGAAUGACAUAGAGUUCAUGAAGAAAAUUAUGAGUUGCUUGGGGCUAGCCUGUGUAUAUUUGGGUCAGUUAGCAGAAAUAUCUGAUAUGUGCAUUGCUGAUUUAAGCCCAUUUCCCAUGUUUGGUUUACAAAUGUUGAAGAGAGGUGCAAAGUCCUUGGUUUGCUGUGUAAAAUCUGAAGAGGAUAAGCAAUUCUUUGAUGAAGUAUUUAAAUCUAAUGAUAUUGAUAUAUCCAGGAUAACAUAUUUGUUUGGAACAGGGUGGAAUAAAGACAGUUUUAAUGAAGAUAAAUACCAUGCAAUAUUUUGCAACAUUUUAGAAGUCGCUGGUGAUAUUGACUUGCGAUAUAGGGAUAUUAGUCAAUACUUGAGACAGAACCACCUACAUCCUGGAGGGCUUUUCUUACCAUCAAAAAUUACACUUAUGGCACAGAUUGCUAGAUGUGACUGGUUUGAUGUUCACAACAGAGUUGAUGACAGGAAUGUCAGUAACUACAAGAUAGCUGCACAUAUUAAUAAGUAUCAGGCAUCACAAAACUUCUGUCUCGAUUUUUCUCUUUUAGACUAUACACCACUGUCUGAGCCGGUUGAUCUAGGAGAAUGCGUAAAUAUGGCGUCAGAUGUAAUUAAUGUCGCGAUCAUAAAAACUGAAGACGCCAAUAGUAUUCUCUGUUGGUACAAUGUUGAGUUGAUGGAAAAUAUGGGAGAAAUAAGUACUAAGAGGUCUUGCAGUUUUAUAGAUGGUACAGCAUUCCUAGCAGACCCUCAUAUAUUUAUGAAAAAAGGUGAUAUUGCUAACAUCUUGCAUUGUGUUGAUACGGAUGGAUCAUUCAAAUUGAUGCUAGAUGUUGAAGCAACAUAAAUCAUGUCCAAAUACCUAAGGUGGAGAAAUACUAAAAUGGAGAUAAUGGGGUAGCCUCCUUUACCUAAAACACUAGUCACUUCUAAAUGUUAGGUACUGAAAUUUACAUUUUAAGCUAUAUCUUAUAUGAUUAUUGUGCCAUGUAAGUUUAGAAAGAGUUUUAGCCAAAUAUUUGUUAUCAAUGUAUGUUGUAUUCAUGGUAGAACUGUGGAUAUUUUUGUUUCUAGCAAUGUUUUGUUUUUCUUAAGUUUUGUUGGCUGACAGAUUUUUAGAUACCAUAUAAAUAGAUAAUCUUCAAUAUGCAUAAGCAGAUAGCAUUUUGAAUUGCAAUACUAAAUAUUUACAAUAAUAUAUGUGCAUUUCAGGAAUAUAAUAUAAUGAAACAUAAUAUUACUAAUUAAAUCUCAUCUGUUUCUUAUUGUAGUAUCUAGUGAUAAAAAUAUUGGUAUAUCCAUUGAUGUCUACUAAUAGAAUUAUAUUUAAACUGAAUAUGUUAUCUAAAUUAAGAUAUGACAAAAAAUUGUAAUUUGGAGUAAGAUGAAAUCUGAAGACUUAGUAUCAAAAUUCUGUAUACCUUGUGUAGGAAAUUUUUGGCGAUGUUUACAAAUAAGUGUUAUAUAAUAAAGAGUUCUAUGCAAACU